ACUCUCAGAGAAACUGUAUCAUAAAAGAGCACAUGCACUUCUUCAGCAACUUAAAAACAACUGUUUUAUUUUUGCUUUUCUGCUCUUUAUUUCAAAGGGGAAUGAAGUUCCCAACAACCCAGAAGGCCUGAGGCUCCCCUCAGGUACCGAUUUUUGUUUGGCUUACGUGCUAAAUGAAAAGCUCCCCCCAGAUCUGCAGGUACGGUUAGGACACCUUUCGCUCCAACGCCUCCCCAGUUAGAUCCUGCUCCGUAAGUGAUGCCCAAUUGUCAGCUGGAGCCCCACACAGCAAAGAUAGUGAACUCAGAGUAUCUACCUUCCCUUUACGACUUCACAUGAAAAUAAAGUUGGCUUUUUUAUUUAUUUUCUUCCUUUAUUUUUUUCUUUUUUUUUUAAUUCCAUUUUUGGCUAAAACUUUUACAGUUUCAGAAAUGCAGUACUUGGCCUCCUUGUUUACUGCUGACCCCAAACAAGCCCCACAUUUCCCCCAUAGACACGUUCCGCGGUAUCAAGAGAAAACCCUUCCCGAAACAGCUCGUCCGGUUACUGCGCACCCAUCAGCUGAAGGAGGAACUGCUGGCAGGGCAACCUCUUCGAAAAGCAGCAGCGGAGCUGCCAAACUCAGUCCUAAAACAGCUCUCGGCCAGGCUUAAAACCCCUUCCAGCAGCUAUUAUUAGCAGCCAAGCACUUGAACCCGACCGCAUCCUCUCCUGCGACCAGGCAGAGACCUUUCCAAGCACUUCUGCUGUACGGGAUGGAAGUAUGAUGGAGCCAGGCGAUUUUCUCGGGGCGACGGAUGCGGAAGGGACGGUUCUCCGCGCGGACGAAGGGAGCCGUUAGCUGUGAAGGGGAGCUAGGAGCGGUGCCGUAUGUUACUAGGAGUACCUCUCCCCCUUGCAGGUUUGUCGGUGAAGGCACCCAUGGAAAUGGGGAGCAGCAGCACUGAGAAGUUUUAUAGGAUCCCUGAAGGAAAGGGACCGCACUCAGUUGGAUGCACAGACCUGAUGACGGAAAAUGCAGUUGAGGGAAGCUUCUUGCGCCUGUAUUAUCCGUCAUGCGAUGCCACAGAUAACGAAGAGGCACGGUGGAUUCCAGAUAAAGAGUACUAUCAGGGACUCUCUGACUUCCUUAAUAUGUACCGAGUUGUAGGAGAAAGGCUUUUUCAGUACUAUGUUGGUUCAGUGACCUGUCCUGCAAAGUCAAAUGCUGCUUUUAAGCCGGGAGAAAAAUACCCACUCCUCGUUUUUUCCCAUGGACUUGGAGCUUUUCGGACGAUCUAUUCUGCUAUUUGCAUAGAGAUGGCUUCCCAGGGCUUUAUAGUGGCUGCUGUGGAGCACAGAGAUGAAUCUGCUUCAGCAACAUAUUAUUGUAAAAAAAAGUCCAUUUCUGAACCACAGGAAGAGUCUACAUCAAACAUGGAGAAAGAGUGGAUCUACUACAGGAAACUAAAAACUGGAGAGGAAGAGCGUUGUUUGCGCCAUAAGCAGGUGCAGCAAAGAGCCCAGGAGUGUAUCAAAGCUCUCAAUCUCAUUCUUAAAAUCAAUUCAGGAGAGGAAGUAAUGAAUGUACUAAAUUCAAACUUCGACUGGAGUAGCGUAAAGGAUUCUGUUGAUACUAGCAGAAUAGCUGUGAUGGGACACUCUUUUGGUGGUGCUACAGUUAUUGAGAGUCUCAGCAAAGAAAUAAGAUUCAGGUGUGGCAUUGCCCUCGAUGCAUGGAUGCUUCCCAUAGGUGAUGACAUUUACCAAAACAGUGUCCAGCAACCCCUGCUUUUUAUCAACUCUGAAAAAUUCCAGUGGGCUGAUAACAUCUUAAAGAUGAAGAAGCUCGGCUCCAAUGACACAAACAAGAAAAUGAUCACUAUCAAGGGGUCAGUACAUCAGAGCUUUCCUGACUUUACCUUUGUGAGUGGAGAAAUCAUUGGAAGAUUUUUCAAAUUAAAAGGAGAAAUAGAUCCAAAUGAAGCUAUUGAUAUAAGCAAUCACGCUUCAUUAGCCUUCCUGCAGAAACAUUUGAGUCUUAAGAAAGAUUUUGACAAGUGGGAUUCUCUUGUGGAUGGCAUAGGACCCAAUGUUAUUCCUGGAACCAAUAUUGACUUACCUUCAGUUGAACCUGAAUAAGGAAUACAAAGAAGUACUGAAAAUGGCAUGGACAUCAGGACACUAAGGUUGGCCAGACAUUGCUCAGACAUGUGAUAGCGUUGGCCACCUACAAAGCUUUUGGGGUGUGGAGCAACAACAAAAAAAGAUAAGGCAUUAGGUUACAUUAUCAUGAAAAUGUAGAGAAGUUUUAGUUCAAAUGAGUUAGUGGAAUUCACUGAAAUACUGCAGCAGGGUAACUUCUGCUUUAUAGGCAGCUGGGGGGGAAGAAAUAUCACUUGACAGUAAUUUAAACACUCUUUCUGGUUUUGACUUAGAAUCAAGUUUGGAGAGAGAGAGAUUAAGCUCCAAGGAAUUCAACUGAAGUUCUGCUUACUGAGCUUUAAGUCAGUUUGCAUCCAGCAAGCCUUUUUUGGAGCGUGAGGAAAAAAAAAAAAAUCUUUGUCAUUAAACUACUUAGUAUUUCAGCUAUGUUCUGACAACAGUUGAGAGUUGGAACAAGUUUUUGCUCCUUCUAGUCAGAGAGGUGCCAGUGGAAGAAGGUCUUCAAAACUGUCUUAUUUUAGUAAGUCACAGUGAAAGCUACAGGAAAUAUUUUAAGGUAACAGCAGAGGAAGGUGUUUUUUCAGACACAGGAAUUCUUAUAUGAACUUAAUCCACUUAAAUGCAAGAUCUGGGUUUACUGCCAUACUCAGAGGAUGUUUCCAUUCCAAAAGCUGCCAAAAUGGUCACUCUUGUUGUAACAACUGUAAUUCCCCUUAGGCAAAGCUCCAAGCAGUGCCUCUCUGGUUAACCUCUGUAUUACCACUAUCACUCAGUCAUACUGUUGUAUGUGAAAUUACAGAAGAGAUGUGUCACUUCUACCACUCCCUUUAAAAAGGAGUAUGUAAGCAUUGCUUGAUCAUCUUGAUGUUUCUCAUGGUUGUAAUCCUCUCCAGACACUCAUCUUUGAGUUUGCUGUAUCUGUCAGUAGAAGCAGUUGACUAUGUGGUUGGGUAAAGGCGGCUCCGAUUUUUUAGAACCAAACUCAUGGAAGCUGCCACUGGAAGGGUGACUUCUAAAUGAAUAAGCCUUGCAAAAGGAAGGGGGGGACUACUUCUAACUGUAGUCUAUUUGUUUCAAAAUCAGGUUACAAACAAAACAACUGAAGCAAGCAGAACAAGCAAAGUAGUUAUCAGUGUAAUUAAAUAUUUAUAUAAUCUGUGAUCUUAACAUGAGAUUGCAACAACAUCUAAGACAUGUUUUUCAGAAUUUAAUUAAAUUCUCUCCAGCCUA